AUGAAGAAGAUCAAGAGGGUAGAGAAGGAUCCUAUCAGUUCAAAGAAAUCAAGGGACAGCGUUAAGAUACUCAAGUCUAACAAACAGUAUGAUAAGGAUGACAUAAUCAGGCCAAGGUUUAGAAAACUGAACACACCCAUGGGCCCUUCGAGAUUCGUACCUCUCUCUACUCUCAGAGAGAUAGAACUAGAGGAUGAAAGCUUGCCCGAACCCAGUAAGGAGUAUGUGGACUACGAGACCUUGAAACCCUCCAAUAUCGAGGAGCUCAAGAAUGAAGUCAGUGAUCUCGUUGAAGAGAACAGCCUCACUUUAGAAGAAGCUGCUGAUCUUCUAGACAAGGCCUAUGGGCCAGAGAGGAUCUUUGUAUGGUUCGUCAAAAUCAUCAUUUUCAACGCAUUCAUGCUAGGAACACUGGGGUUUGCCAUGAGCUUCCCGAAUACCAAUUCAUCCUUGCCAUCCUUUACACUCUGGUCGGCCUGCACCGUUGGGUUUGCAUCAUUCGUAUCCCUGUUUGGUUGUAUAUUCAUUGCCUUUUCAAGGAGAGUGGUAGAGCUACGUGUGGGUACAUUCAUGCACGCCAUUAACUCGGGUCUUUCCAUGUUAACUUCCGUUUCAGUACUUUGGUUCUUUUACGGUCUCUUGACGAUAGGGAAGAAGGAUAGCCCCACAAUCAUAAACAACCUUUCCAAGCUCUUAUGGCCCUUGACGUUUCCUCUGCAAGGCGCACCCUUCGUGAUCGGUGCGUCGUUUAUUAUCGUCCUCUUCCUCCUCUUCCUUGUGACGUCAUACAAGUCCACGCCAGUGAACGGUUCGAAUCGAAUCUUCAUCAAUCAUGGAUUCCUUUUCAUGGCAUCCUUCAUGAAAGCAUUUAUCCAGAUCAUGUCGAAUCGGGGUUACGUUGUCUGUGACCUGAGGGGAAAUCCAUGGGCUGGCAAUGCAAACACCAUAUACAGCCUCUGGAACCGCUCGUAUGCUAUCUGGAUCACCGUCAACUCACUUCUCGCAAUAUCCUUUCUGAUCUCGCUCAUCGGCGACCUUAAACUCGACAAGAGGCUUGGGCCUGUCAAUGGGAAGUAUUUCCCCUAUGCAAGGGUAGUGCACAGUGCAUUCAUCUCUAUUGCAUACUUGGGAUUCAUGCUUUUUGAUGUUAGGUCGUCACAGGGUACACAUGACAUCAUUCAAGCUAGCACUUCCAUAGGUAGGACCAUGAAAAAGGAAAAGGCGUUUCAUACCAUCUACAACUUCUGCGUGCUUGGACUGUGUGCAUUGACCGCCGUCAUGGAUAUCGAUUGGUUCCAUCUGGUCAUCAACGAUAGGAAGAGAUCGGGUAUUGACAAGGAUAAAUUCCAUUCAACGCAGAUGGAGUAUAAAAAAGAGCAGUAA